GGGGGAUACAAAAGAUGUCCUGACUUUGGCCGUGCUUGCCCAGCUGUUGGAUUCAAAGCGCAAAGGCCAGAGAGCCAGCAGCAGCCGAGACGCCCCUGGUGGUUCCAGCUCAGACAGCUCGAACAGCGACGACGGAGACAUGACAAGCCGUGGGAUGUCGACUUUACUUCACAAAAGGAUCGAGCGCAAGCCGAAGAGAAUCAUCGAGGAUUUCGAGGCCGACAUCAUCCGGGAGCUUGGCAUUGUUCCGGGGCAGGCAUGGACAGUCCGCGUCUUCGUGAAGAAGCAGAGCUGGGGCCGCUUCAAGGGUCUCUACAGAGCGGCGAUGAUGGAUGCCGCGGCCUAUGAAUGGUUAAGGAGCAACAAGCCCGACGUCGCUGCUGCUCAGAUCAUUCAAAAUCUCAAAGCGAAGCUCCAGGCUGUGCUGCAGAAUGGCGAGUGGGGGACGGCAUGGCUACUAACAGGCCUCGCAGAUCCACUUCAUCGGAAAGAAUGGUCAGGAACUUGGGAAGAGAUGAGUUUUGUGCCAGAGCGGUCUGGCGAUGAUGUUCCGUUAUUUCCGAUGGUGCUCCCCUUCCCCAAGGUUCUGCGGAUCAGAAUUGUGGAGAGUAAGGCCCUGGCCUGUCAGGUUUGGUCCCGGAUGCUGGUAAACACACUGGUAGCUUGGUCAAACUUUGUGGUGCUGGGGUGUUCUGGGGGCCCAUGCGAGCCGAAAGUGAUCUACCGUUCCUUGGAGGAGGCGCUCUUCGCUGGUAGGUUGCUUGUCGAGGCGGAGGAAUUUGUGUUUGAAAACCUGGAGCGGCACCGCAAGGAAGCGGAACUGGCGGAGAAGCUGUUGGAGACGGGCAUGGCUGUGCUUGUGCUUGAAGAUGAUCUACCUCGAGAUCAGGACGGGCGGCUCAUGCCAGGUGGCCUCUUCAGUGUCAGUAAGAAUGCUGAGGAGGAUCGGCUUAUAUUCGACAGGCGGCCGGAGAAUGCCACUAUGCCGAGGCUCGACUGGGAGACUUUGGUGUAUGGCAAGGCGGUCCCCAAGGGUGAUGUUUGGCAAGGAGUAUACCUAGAUGAUCUUCUUGUCACGUACCGGCACACCCUCACCUACCCGAUCCCCCUUGAUGGCUCCUUUGUGCUCCCGCCUUUCCAGGUUGACGAUCCUAAUAGCAUCUUGGUGCAGAAGGCUGAGGGUGCCUACGAGGAGGCGCAUUUGCAGAGAGCAGUUCACAAGGCUUUCCGCGGUAGCAGUCAUUUCAAAGCCUGGGGGGGCGAGGUGGAUGGAGUACGUGGUUGCAUCGGAGCUCCGAAGGCGGUGCGGCAGCAGUUGUGGUUUCUAAUCAUGUUGGUCUGCGAGCAGGGCUGGGCUUCGAAAAACGUGCUGGAAAAGAUCAAUGGGUUCUUAGCCUUCGCCUUUCAAUUCAGGCGAGAAUUCUUUGCGCUGCAACACAAGGUGUACACCUUCGUUUCCAAAAUGCCUGCAGGAAGAUGGAUUCGAUUGCCGGGAUUUGUGACCGACGAGUUGAGGAGCCUCAGCCUUCAUCUUCCCUUCGCACAUUGGAACAUGCGUCGCAGGAUUUCGGAGUCGGUGCUGGCCACCGACGCAACACCCAUGUCCGGUGGAGCAGUUCGGGCCUCAGCUCCUCCAGCUCUAGUUGAAGAAUUUUGGCGAAGGUCGGAAGUGAGGGGGGCCCCAGUCAGGUUGGAUCGAAGCAUUUUUGAGAUCGCGACGGAGCCCAUUGAGGUUUCGCAGUUUGCCAGUGUCAUCGCUGAGGCAUUACCAUGGUCGGUUACAGCCAGUUAUGUUUUCAGACAAACAAGCCACAUAAACCUCCAGGAAUGUCGUGCUCUUCGGCGGGAAGUUGCGAAGCUGGCGGGGAAGUUGUCAUCAGGCGCGCAAGUUCAGAUUUGCCUAAAUGACUCCAUGGUGGUGACAUGUGCGGUGGCGAAGGGGCGGUCUUCAUCCUACAAGCUGAACGGUAUCCUCAGGGGUAUGCUGCCUUACUUGCUCUUUGGUGACAUUGUUCUGGCCGUUCUUUGGGUUGAGACGGAAUCCAAUUAUGCUGAUCAUCCUUCCAGGUUUCGACCUCUUCCUCCUCCUCGUGCAGCUCCUCAGUGGCUGGCUCGGUAUGGAUUGUGUGGCCCUUUGGUGAUGUGUGGCUUGGAAAUCUGUGCAGGUUCGGCUCGGAUCACGUGGGCGCACCGUGAGGCUGGUCUCAACAUGAGGGACCCUGUUGAUCUACUCUGGGGUGAGGAUGUCUUUGAUCCUCGUUUGGAUGAGCUGAUCAAGACCCGGCAGGUCAAAUGGUUGUGGUUGGCGCCGCCGUGCUCCAGCUUUUCCCCUCUCCGGAAUCUAGACCGCAGUGGGCCUUUGAGAGUUGUUCCUGAAGGGGAUCCAUCAAAUCAAGAGGUUCAGCAUGGCAGUGCUUUGUGGGGUCGGGCGCUUGAGUUGGCUCAUCUCAUCCUUGAGGCUGACGGCUACUUCAUUUUGGAACACCCUCGCAACUCUAAAGCCUGGAGCUUACGCUGCACCGAGCUUUUCCUCCGGAACCAGGGAGUAAAUUGGCCAAUGCGUGCUGGCGGUGGGCAUCCCGUGGGCCGGUUGCGGAACUUGACGCUGACCCCACAGUACCGCCGUCAUUUGCGUGAGGCUGGUGAUUGGAUGCUGGGAAAGGUAGAGGACCUGGGUGGUAGUUUGGAUGGAAAGUGCCCCUCUCGAAAAGUAGACACCUGGUUGGAGCGAGUCGUGGAAUGGGGGCACGGACAUGGGGAAAAACUCUACUGGAUCAAUUUGGGGGUCCUCUCGCUACAGCGUCGCUUCAAGCUAUCAGCUCCCUUGUUGAGUGGAACGUGGUGCCUCCUGGUCGUGUGUCUCGGCCGCGUCUCCCGCACUACAGGUGCGCUAUGUCAGGAGUGGUGUGCCACUUUCCUGGGUUUGUGGCUGGCUUUUGACGGUAUGCUCCGUCCUGGUGAGGUCGAAGGCCUGAGGGUGAAGGACUUUGUGUUCCCGGAGGCCGCUGAGUUAGUUGAAGGCGUCGGGCUCGUGAUUUCCAUCCAUCAGGCAAAAACUCGCCGAGUGUGGGCAAAUCAGUUUGUCAUCAUUCGUAGCCGGAGCCUCAUUUUGUGGUUACGCUGGUUUCUGGAAGGAAGGCAGCCAAAGGAGCGGUUCUUGGCCAUGGGGCGCCGGAGGUGGAGCUUUCUGUUGAAGGAUGCUCUGGAGAGUCUGGGUCUCGGUCAGUGCCACCUAACUCUGGCCUCGUUUCGGGGCGGUGGGGCAUGCCAUCACUUCAAGACUCAACAGAACCUGGGAGUGUUGCAAUUCGCAGGACGAUGGCGUCGACCUGAGACAUUGCGUCAUUACCUCCAAGAGGCUUUAGCUGUACAUGUCCUGUCGCAGGUUAGUGCGAGCACCCGUGAAACUUUGGGCAUGGUUUUCAAAUACGUGGAUUACUUGAAUCAACCUCCGCGCCGAACUUGGGCUUCAGUUCUCCGGAGGACAGCUGGGGCGUGGUGCCAGCCACUUCUCCUGAACAACAGCGGCCAGGGCCCGGAAGCCGGCCAACUACCCGUACAGGUGUCACUUCUACCGCUUCUAGCUCUUACGCUGGGCCGGCGGUUGACACGAAGGGCGGCAGUCUACUUCGCCUCCAGCUUCUUCGGCUUCUUUGGCUUCCUCUUCGGUGACGGGGAGGAUAGACAACAAGCAAAUGGCGGCGCAGGUGUGGGACGAGGCCUUUCCGAACGUCCCCAUGCCCGCCAUUCGCCUGUGAAUCCCUUGGAGGUGGCAGCCGCGAAGAUGAUGGAUGGCCUUAACGAAGCCGCAGUGAGCCUAGGUACGGAAGCUGUGGAUAAAUCGGGACGGUCUGCCACGCAAAUCCUUAGUGAUCCGGAUGGUGCUGCUCAAGCUGCCCGUUGGCGUUCGGGAAAUACCACCCGGCAGAUGACGGCUAUUCUGGCCAGAACAGCGCAAGCCAUCCGGAACUGGGUGAGUACGCCUGCGCCACGACCAGUGGAAGCUCCUGGCCAACCAGUACCGGUACGGCCGCGGCCUUUAAAGACACCGGCUUUGUCUUCCUCAAGCUCUCCGCCUGGGGCAUCAGCAGCUUGGACGGCUUGGCUCUCUCGUUCCAACUGGCCUUUGCGCGAUAAGUGGGUGACUAUAUCCUUGCUGGUGAUGGUGCUGUUGUUCCCUCGGGUGGUGGCGUUAGCCAUCGCACUCGUCAUCCGCCUGGUGGCGCGAGCCUUGAUGGGCCUGGCGCUGCACGUUUUCAAGGAGCUUUGGCAGCAGGCUGCGCUAGCGGCCUCGGAGGUUGAAGACCAUGUGACAAAUUGGUUGUACGUGCAGCUGGGCAUGGUGAUGCCCACAGUUGUGCCAGCGCCUCCACCACCGCUACUGGCAAAUGGGCCGGUGGCGCCUCCAGCGACCGGACCUGCUUUGCUGCAGAAUCCCCACCCAACCCGCCCAAUCGAUAUCCUCAUGGUGGUGCUGCUCGGGCUCAACUUGGGCCGUCCCCAGCUGGUGGGGGGGGGUGGGGAGAUCAGGAAUGGUUAA